AUGGCCGUUGAGUUCCAAGGUGGUGUGGUCAUUGGAGCCGAUAGUCGCACCACCCUAGGCUCUUAUGUUUCCAAUCGUGUUACUGACAAGUUAACUCCAAUUCAUGACAAAAUAUACUGUUGUCGAUCUGGAAGUGCUGCGGAUACACAAUUUAUUGCUGAUCUCGUUCGUUAUUACUUACAGAUGUAUGCAGUUCAGCAUAACGAACCUCCAUCGGUACAAACUGCAGCCGCCUUAUUCCAAGAAUUGUGUUACCAGAAUAAGGAUCAUCUACUAGCUGGAAUUAUUGUUGCAGGAUGGGAUAAACGCAAUGGUGGUACCAUAUAUAGUAUUCCAAUAGGUGGUUCAUUACAUAGACAGCCAUUCACUAUUGGAGGUAGUGGAUCUUCGUUUAUAUAUGGCUACUGUGACGCUAACUUUAAGAAGAAUAUGACGCAAGAUGAAGCCGUAGAGUAUGUGAAAAAUGCCAUGUCACGAGAUGGAUCAUCAGGUGGAUGCGUUAGAAUCGCUAUUAUCACUGAGGACGGUGUAGAAAGGCAUUUCUUCCCAGGAAAUCAAUUGCCAGUGUUUUAUGAAGGAGGAGAUACUGUAUUUUAA